AUGAGUACUCAAUCCAAGCUUCCCAUUGGAGAGAAUCCCGCUUCCACCAAGAAGGACGUGGAUAUCAAGUUCUUCAACCUGAGUCUCGAGGCCAGGAACGAGAUUUACCAUGCCCUUCUCGACCCCGGAGGAACCAAGAUUCUGGCUGUCGAACCACCUAAUUCUCUGAGGGCCGUCAACAAUUUGCUUGCCUUCUCUGAACAAGUUUGCGUCGAAGUCACCGCCCUGAUCGCAUCCGAAAUCAAGGCUCGUGUUCAAGCCGGCCUGUACCACGAUUUGACGCUCGCGCCUCACACCAUCGCUGUUGGAAUCCCGAUCAAGCAGAAGAAGAAGGCCAAGAAGGGCAAGAAGAAGCAAGACACCGACACCACCACCUUCCCUCUCGAGCUCAAAGUCUGGAAGAUGGACAUCGUCGUCUUCAACGCCGAGAUGGAAGUCAGAGUCAUUGCAAAGCUGGACUUCAAGAGAAAGACCCUCAACAUGAGAUUCCCUGGCUUAGAGGACGGAAUGUCCAUCUUCUCUUCCAACUACUGCGAAUACUUCUACGAGAUCUUCGAAGAGGCUUUCAUGAAGGUCAUGAAGCUUUUCACCGCGAAGAAAAGCUUCGAUGGCUUGUUGCUCAAGGAUGUGCCUGAGUUCUUGCACAAGGUGGAGAUGCCUUGUCCCAAGCACUUUUGGGACAAUGACGAGUUAUUUGGUAUGGACUACUGCGACGAGUGGGAUGAUUCCGAUGAUUACGAUGAUUACGAGGAGUAUGAUGAUGAUGAUUUCUAUGAAUCUGGAGGAGAUCCCUUCAGCAACGAGGAAGAUGACUCUGAUGACGUUGACAGUGGAGAGGAAGGUGAAGGCGGAGAAGAGAAUGUCCAGUCUAGAGAGUGUGUUGAUAAGGUUGAUAUUCGCUUUGAAACGCAUGAGCUCGUCUCUACUCUCAACGUCAAGAUCAUGGUCUCGCCAUGCGAACGCGACUCUAAUCUACGACCAUGGAGCACAUUCUUCGAUAGUUUCAGAGUCAGAAAGAGACACAGAAGAAUCAUACCGCCUCCUGACUGGGCUACCUUCAAUUCAAAAGUACCGUAUGAUCUCAAAUUGGGAAAAGUCAUCCUUGCUAUCGUCGCCCGGUCGAGUAAAGACAAGCUUGCCGCGCAGAUCGAUAUCAGGAGCAAGACUGUGCAUGUACUUGACUGUCAAGACACGUUGUCCGAAGAGGAACAAAGUUUCCUCGAGUUUCUGCUCGGACCGAUGGAUAAGGUGACUGCAGAAGACAUGCAGGUAUUACACUCCUCCUUCGCGGAUGGUAUUCAGAAGCUCUUGAACGACACUGGGCUGAGUGGAGUGACGCUUAAGCACAUACGUCCUCUGCUUAUGGCACUGGAAUCGUCUACCCAAGCGGCUUCUGGCGUUCUUUUAAGGUUUUCAGUAAGGCGUCUGGCGAGAGAUUUGUAG